AUGGACUCUGUCGUCGAACUCCAGCGCCAGACACAUGAAGAGAUAGAGCACCUGGAGCGAGCUCUUUACACCACGCUCUCGAAACCCCAGCUCACGCACCAGGUCCGUCUCCAGAACGAGCACAAGGCCAUCCAGCUCCUCGACCGCAUACAUUCACGGGUCGUCACGCUCAACAACCAUUACGAAGAUGAAGGCACGAGAAAAUCUGAGAUUGAAAGUCUGUCCGCACCUGUGAGACAGGAUGAUCUCUCGGCAUUCUACGCCCGGCUAGCAAAGAUCCAGGAGCACCACGCGAAGUACCCAGAUACCACUGUUGGUGGAUUUGAGAUGGAACUGGCAGUAUUUCUGGAUGAAGCCGAAGAGGUGGAAGACGAGGAGUUUGAACAGGAUGACCCCAUUGCUCUGCUUUUCUCUGGCGAAGAGGGCUACGGAAAAUAUCUUGACCUGUACACGAACCACACCACCUACAACAACCUCAAACACAUUGGCAAGCGACUGGCAUAUUUGCAGUAUCUGGACAUUCUUCUUGCUGCUCAGUCAGAACCUGUUCACGCUGAGCUUCUGAAAGAAUGUCGUCUCCAUCGUGAUUAUGAGCUGUACAUCCGUGCGCUUCAUACAUAUCUCAUCUCUUUCAUGAAAAGAUCGCAGCCGUUGGUCGACGUGGACUCACAAGAACGCGAAGCGGAGAGUCAGUUUGAGAAGGUAUGGGAAAACGGGAUGGAGGACUGGCAGGACUCGCGACAGGCGGCAGCAACUCAUGGAAAUGGAGAGGCGGGCAUCUGGUGUGCAGCUUGCCAGAAAAUGUACUCAAAACAAACGGUGUACGACGCUCACCUGGGCUCGAAGAAGCACGUCAAGGCUGCUCAGAAACAAGCCACAUCCGAUGCACCUCCUGCCAAUCCAAAUGGUCCUGCGCCUGCGAAUGGUGCAACCAUAAGCGCAAACGGGGAGUCUUCAAAAGCCUCCGACAAGCAUCGAACUGCCGCGCUCCUCACCCAUCUUUGUACCCAAAUGCUCCGUGCUCUCGCACCAGCUCUCAGUGAAACCAAGUCGAACGUUGAGCGCCGAUUUUCCCUCACUGCUCGCGAACGCGAACAGGAGCUUCUCGAGCAAGCGAAGAAGCCCGCGCCAACCACGAAAACGCCGGCGAACGGCGAGAACGGGGAAGAGGAGGAAGAGGAAGAGGAGCGCAUCUACAAUCCCUUGAAGCUGCCGCUUGGAUGGGACGGCAAGCCGAUCCCAUAUUGGUUGUACAAGCUGCAUGGAUUGGGUGUAGAGUAUCGUUGCGAGAUUUGCUCAGAUCACGUCUACAUGGGCAGGAAGAACUUCGACAGGCAUUUCCAGGAGUCACGGCACGCCUUCGGCAUGCGAGCCCUUGGGUUGCCUAAUACGAAGCACUUCCACGAGAUCACUCGUAUUGAAGACGCCCUAGCCCUUGCGGAGAAGCUCAAGCGUGAAGGUCGCCAUGAGAUCUUCGAGCAGGAGACCAUGGAAGAGCUUGAGGAUGAAGAGGGCAAUGUCUACAACCGCAAGACGUACGAGGAUCUAAAGAAGCAAGGACUGAUUUAA